CAAAGUGUACUUCCGGGGGAUUUACAGACAUAUUCAUUAUUUCCAAGACUUUCUCAGAACCACUGGGUCAAUUUCAACCAAACUUGGCACAAAGCAUCCUUGGGUAAAAGGCUUUCAGAAAUAUGCACAGUGUAGAUACUCUGGGUGUAUCUGCAGGACAGAGGGUUCUCUUACUUUGGUCGGGGAACCAAGCUGUAGAAAAGUUACAGCAGAAUGUUGAGUUACUCACAAGGAAAGUUGGGGAGACGGGAAAAGUCCAGGUGGAAAAUAUUGAGAGAUUAACAUUGUCUUCUUAUGCAGACUCUUCAUUUGAUGUAGCCAUUUCUGGUUUCAUCCAACCAUGUUCUUACCUUCACACAACAGACGCCCUGGGUGAAAUAUGUCGCAUUUUAAAACCAAGUGGACAUUUAGCAGUCAUAGAACCAGUGAAUGAGUCGUCAGAGAGUGGAGCAAUCAAGGGAAAAGACAAACUUAUUUCUACAGUGAAACUGUCUGGAUUCGUGGACAUUUCUCAGCCAGAAAAAAUUCAGCUGUCAGCAGAGGAAAUCAGCAGUAUACAAAAUUCACUUUCACUUACUAAAGAGUUCCAAGUUGUCAUGGUUACAUCCAAGAAACCAAAUUAUGAAGUGGGAUCAACUUCUCAGCUUAAACUUUCAUUUGGGAAGAAAAAAGAUAAACCUCAGGAGGAUGUGGCUAAGGUGUGGACUCUCUCAGUCUGGGAUAUGCUGGAUGAGGAUGUGGAACUUGUGGAUGAUGAUGCUCUGUUAGAUGCAGAUGAUCUCAAAAAGCCCGACCCUUCAUCCCUUCGAGCAACUUGUGGUGAUGGACCAAAGAAAAAGAAGGCAUGUAAAAACUGUACUUGUGGAUUAUCAGAUGAGCUAGAGGCUGAAGCUAAAACCAAGAAGAAAACAGCAACAUCUGCGUGUGGAAGUUGUUAUCUGGGAGAUGCAUUCCGCUGUGCCAGUUGUCCGUACCUGGGUAUGCCUGCUUUCAAGCCCGGGGAAAAAGUGGUAUUAUCAGGGACGCAGUUAAAGGCCGAUGCAUGAUAGGAAGAUGGGACCUGAAGUCAUGUAGUUGUGAUAUUCCUUGAAGAAAAUUGAAAAUUAGGUUUUUUCCAAAUUUUAUAUUUUGGAAGGCGGUUUGUUCCCAAAUGUCGUUCAUUGUAACAUCUUUUGAAUACAAAAUUUUGUGAUAUUGUGUGAAUAAAUCAAAAAUAGAAUAUAGAAAAUAAUAAGCACUAUGUUUGAGAAGUCCAUUUUUUAAAAAAGAAUAUUGAAAGUCCAUCAAUACUUAUGUUGCUGGGGAUGUGCUUGAAAUAGAAGUAUUCAGAAAUAAUCUUAUGAACAGAAGACACUAACAUUAAUGACAUAUUUUAAAUGUUAAUGGCACUGAAGUUGUCAUGCAUGUUAAUUAAGCUGAUUUUAAAAUGAUGAUGGUUUUUAUUUUAAUAAAAUGUGUCAUUUUA